AUCGCACAGUGCAAAUGCACCCACUAGCUUGACCAACCAUCAUUCAGCUGUUGAAAAAUUAUAAAAAAAAAAAAACAUUUUUGAAGUAGCAAUAUCAAUUUUUUCCUACGAAUAACACUGCUUGUUCCGUUUGAAAACAGCGACAUGUUCAAAAAGUCGAAUAAACUCUCGCCGCAACCCGUGCCCCCAUCGAUCGAGCAGAUAAUGGAAGAUUUGGAAACUUUCUGCGUGGAACAUAAGCCAUUGGAGAAAAUACGUUCGUUCGACACCAGCAACGCAGAAGAGCCCGACAUCGAAGACUGGUGGAAGGUUUUCGAAACCUACCUGGAAGACCACGAACAGUUCCACAGUAUGAAGGUCGACAUCGAGAACCUGAAGAAGAAACUCUUGGCCACACAGAACGAGCUGCAGGCAGCAAGGGACAACAUUCAGCGACAGAUUGACGAGGAUUUGGAGAAAAUAAGACUUACCAUAAAAAGCUGAAAUCUGUAGCCGCAGGGAGGUGGUUUCGAAUUAAAUCAAUUUGUAUACAUGAAUUAUUUCCAUUUCCAUGAUGUUUAUUUUUACAGAUUUAUUAUUUUCUCAUAUUUUAAUACAUAUUAUAUCGUAUAUUGGUAACAUUAAAACUUUGUAAAUAUAAUUAAUACUUCUUGAGUAUA